AUGUUCCUCCAACACGUCACCCUCGUCCUCUUAUCUCGCCGCCAGCAAAAUGGCUCCGUUGGCGGCACUGUUGCCGCGCAAAGGCGUGAUGGGCUGGCCGCUACUGAGUACAACGGCGAAUGCAACGGCGGCGAAUGCAACGCCAUGCCUCGGACCAUACCCUCGAGUCCAUUAGUUCUUCGUAGGCUUCCGGACCACCUGUCCGGAACCGUCCAGUGGGCCAGGAGCCUGGGAAAAGAUACUCCAGAGGUACUUUGGAGCGUGUCCGACACUCUGGGUCCCAACGGCAGAGGUGCCGGAAGACGUGCAGACUCCACAUCGAGAGCCUCUCUCAAGCUCUUAUACAGGGGGUCCCUUGGCCCUGCAACGAGAUGGGCGCAUCACUCUUCAGUCCCGGUCCUGGACACCCCCCUCUGGGCUGUUGCAAGACCCUCGUCCCUUGCCGUGGCGCACAUUGUCUGGAGCUCAUCGACCAGAUUAAUGGGUGGCAUUAGCACUGGUACCCGGCACUGCUCUGUGCAGGGCGGCGAGUCGCCGAUUGGGGGCGAGCCCAGUGUGGCUCGGUUGUUUGGUGAUUGA